GUAAACAAUCGCAAACGUGAUCGUUGUUUACGUUCCAAUAACAGCCAUUAUUGCUUCAAAUCCCUAACUAAUCAAACUUUUAAAUUCAAGUUGAUAGUAGUCUUUGUUGUCUUUUAGCCAUCCACAAUCUUUAUCUUCAAAAUGUUUACAAUUUUUAUUUCUUCUCCUAACCAAUGUGUCAUUAAAUUUGUUCAAUUAAUGGCUGUACUCUUAUGAUGAAAGAAGUCCUUAAUUACAGCAGUAUUCUUCACAAAUUGACAUGGAAAAUAAAGGAGAUCAAUCAUCAAACACAGACAUGCAUUCAAAUGAUGGUGUGGUGAAAAUAACUGUGCAUCACUGUGAGCUGAAAUUAGAGAAAUUACUAGUGCAGCCUGUUGUAUGUAUGCAUGUUGUCGAUUCUAGUCAUGGAUGCUAUGUUAAAAAGCAAGAUAGCAAAAGAGCUGUUACAUCUUUUUAUGAAAACCAACGAGGCGAUAUUGAUUAUAUUUUACCCAUAAUGACUCAACCAUGUACAAUUCAAGGAAAAAAAUUACAACUACUGCAGUGGGAAGAAUCUUUCAUUUUAAAUGAAAAUAUGGAACACCUAUUGAAAAAAGAAAUAAGCACUAUCUUAUUUUUUGAGGUCAUAGAUUUAGUACCUUUGACCUUCACAAAAUAUCACUAUGAAAGAUUAAAUGAAAAUGGUAUGCAAAAGUUAGGAUGGGCAUUUUUAAAGGUUUUAGGAUCAAAUGAUGCAGUUAAUAUUGGGAAUAAACUGCGUCUUCAGUUAUACAAGCCUCACAUUUCGCGUAAAAAGAAAACUAGUCAACUUGAAGUAUUUAAAUGGUGGUCCUCGAAACCCAGAAUUCCUCUUCCAGCAUCUCUUUAUAUUUCUUUUGAAAGACAUAACAUAUCUACUAUUGAACCAGCUCUCCGUUCUAUGUUACCACUGCAAGAGGAAACUGGCUCAUCUGUUGGAGGAAAAGGGUUGGGAGCAUCUAAUGAAUCUGCUGUUCCCUCCCCGAAUGACAAUGCUAGUGUUUCAGGCAAUAAUAAUAGUGAAGUUAAAUGGUCCAGAAAGAUGGGUGAACCUUUUAAAAUACCAUUCCAUCAUACUCUAAUGCUUGAAUCUGCAACCAAGUGCCAAAUACUAAAAUUCAGCUCCUUGGGCCGUUUAUUAAUUGCUGGCUGUGGUACAACGGGGCAGCAUUCUCUCUUCAUUUAUGAAAUUCCAUCUGGUAAAUUUUUACGAAAAAUGUUUGCCCAUUCUGAUGUAAUUUAUGAUUUUGAUUGGUCUGAAAAUGAUGAACGGCUUUUAAGUGCCUCUGCUGACUAUUCUGUGAAAUUAUGGAAUGCCAAAUCAUGGAAUCUAAUAUCUCCAUUCCCUCAUCCAUCUUUUGUAUAUACUGCAAAAUUCCAGCCUUCUAUGAAGAAUAAUAUAGUUACUGGAUGUUAUGAUCAUGUCAUUCGUAUUUGGACAUUUCAUAAAUCUCCUCAACUACUUCAAGAGCUAGAAGAACAUAAUUCGGCUGUGAAUGCUCUUUGCUGGCAUAAUAAAAGCAUGAAGUUAUUUUCUGCUGAUAGUAAUGGUGAAAUAAAAAUGUGGAGGAUUCCAUCUUAUCAAAGAAAUUCUAAUAAAGAUUUUAAUAAUUAUGUACUGGAUAAAGAGCUCUGUUUCCAUGAAGUAAAGGGAGUAUCAGUCAACAGAUUGGUUACUAAUACUAAUGAAGAUAUUCUUUUCCUCUUUUGUGGUGAUGGUAGCAUUAGGCUUAUAGAUGUAUCUAUUGGAAGAAUUUCUAUCUGCUUCUUAAGUUUCUCAAAAUAUCAAAACAUUACCGUUGGAUGCUGUUCGCCAUGUGGAAAUUUGCUAUUUCUGUGCAAUGAAAAUGGAUGUGUGCAAGUUUGGACUCGAAAAUCUUCUAAAAUUACAGAAAGUUUAUCCAACACUUAUCAUCGUUGUCAGUUAACUUCAAUUGAUUACCACCCUCUGGACCAUAUCUUAGCUUUAAGUACGUCUGAAGAUGGUGGGCCUAUACAUGUGUAUACUUAUAAAGAAUCAGACGAAUCGUGUGAAGCCAAAGAAUUAAAUACUUCAGAAAAAGACCGCAAGACAAACAGUCCCGAUUCAAGCAGUUCUCAUAAAGAAAGCAAAAUUGAAAGAAAAGGUUCAAAAAUAAUGAGCCCUAAUGCUCUGGCUCCCAGUGGUACUCCAAUGAAAAAUAAGAAUGAGUUGAAAAAUUACCUGAUGACAUCACCUGAAAAACCAAGGAUUAUAUCAAAGCGAAAUCCUCCUAAAAGUUAUUUUUAUAAUACUGAAACUAGCAGUGAUGAAGGAUUUGCCAGAUUAUCUUUAAGUGCUAAGAAAGAUUCUUCAGAAUGUGAAUCAGCUGAAUAUGAAAAAUCUGAAAAAUACUCUAAAGAAAGUAGACAUUUUGAAUCUUUUACCACAAAUGCAGUAAAAUCUGGACAUUUAAAUGUAGUUCCAGCUCCUGACAAGUAUAUUGUAUCAGAUAGCCAUGCUUCUGGGAGCCAAAUUUCUGACUCUGGAUAUCCAGAUUCGUUUCAAAGAAGCUCUAAAAGAUCUCAGAGACGUAGAAAGCUGAGAGAAAUGAACAAAUCUGACUAUUAGUUUUCAAAUGCAUCAAAAAUUAUUUUUGAAAGAAAAUGUUAUUUCUUAGGAUGCCAUAUAAUUAUAUUAAAAUUUAUUUAAAUAAACAUGUCAUGAGAAAUUUCUUAUAUUUCUGAAGUAUAAAUGUGUAAUUUUGAAUCAGUAGUUUGAAGUAUUCGUAAUUAUUUUUACUUUUAACAAUCAAUAUGUAUAUAAAUUAGGUUAGAAAGCAAAUUUACUUU